AACGGGGGUGGCGUUUGUCGCUUAGGAGUAACGCGCAUGCGUAAACCUUGAACGGAACAGCAGUGUGGGAUUUAGAUGUGUCUGCGGAGAAGAUAGUAGAAUCAGAUCUCUUCACUCCACCGAUGUCACUGCUGGGAAGUACAAUGAUAAACCAGGGCCGCCAUAUUGGGCUCCAACAACUGGAGGCCAUGACAGCUGCAUCUCAUACAUUUUUGGGCCCCAGUAAACUCUACAAAAUGAUCCAAGAUGAGGCAAGGGGUGAAGCAGUGCUGGUCUGCUCCUGUUAUCAUCUGCUGGAACAUCUGGAGCUCAGUGGCUCUGUGGCUCAGCUUCUACGUGAGACCAUUCGUGCUCACUGGGGGACAAUGCGUACAGGCACAGCCUCGCUGCUGUUCCUGGUUGGCGCCUGGAGCAGGGUGGCACUGGAAUGUCUUCACCAAGGCAUUUCCAUUCGGCACAUAGUGUCUGGAAUGUCAAAGGGGCUGAAAGUGUGUCUAGAAGCCUGUAAGCUGAGUGCUGUCAGUUUGGAGUCAGUUGUUUGUAAAGCUGGUCUACAGAAACAGCAACAGAGAGGUGGCGACUGUAUGAAUACUGAGGAUGGCUUACUUUGGAAGCCUUCACUGAGUAUAGGUGUGAGGAAAUUAGCUCAGGAUGACGAUACAACCAUAAAUAGUGUGCCUACACUUUGUUUCCUCAAAAACCAAUAUCCUGUAAAACAUCAUUUAAAACUCAAGCAUAGCAGACACUUUAAUUCUACCCCUAUCACUGAGGAGGAGAGGACACCCAAAAGAUCUGACAUAGCACAUCUGGCUGAAGCCGUCUGUCAUGGAUGCGAGACGACCAUGAGGUUAGUGAUUGAAGCUAGCAGGAUUCAGUGUAAAUACAGCUGUGAAGAUCAGAAACAUAAAGCACUAGACAUUGAUAAACUGGUCACAUGCUUGUUGCCAGGAUUAACUGAGGAGAAUGCGAGUGUACUCCAUGGAUAUGUGGUGUUGUUGUCUGCAGAACAGGCAUUGCUAGUCAAGCAUUUAGAAAAACGGACUUUAAAGGUCAGCCUGUUGCACGGGGACCUGACUAACAAACACAGACAUGUAGGUUUCAACAGGCCAAGAAAUGUUACAUAUGUUAGUAAUUGCUCUGGUUUAACAGGAAUCAGCCAGGAGGAAGAAUGGAUGGAUGAGGUACUGAAAAUACUUCUAAACCUCAAGGUAGAUAUUGUUCUUGUGAGUGGAGGCAUCACUGGGCAGCUGAAGGAUCACUGCCUCCAUUAUCACAUCCUCAUUCUUGAGCAUGUACGAGUGUCUGUUUUGAAUGAUUUUGCUACAGGUACAGGUGCACUUCCUAUCUCGUACAUCACGCAGCUCAGUGAGCGAUGUGUCGGUUCUGGAGUCCACGUGAACACGCUCAGAGAGUAUCACACUGAAGGAACAGAAUGGACUGUGGUGAGUGUUGUUACUGAUGGCACAGCUCUGGUCACUGCGCUCAUUACGAGCUCCAUUCACGCUAAACUCCAGAGCAUGGAGGAUCAGUUUUGGAGCUGUGCUUAUCGUGUGCACCAUGCACUUAAAGACGGAAAACUGCUGCCUGGAGCUGGAACCACAGAACUGAUCUGUAUCCAUCAGCUCCAUAAUCAUGGGAAUGUAUCGCAACAAGAAGAGACAGGAGAUGAGCUUGAUGCAGCAGCACCAUUUGAGAAGGUAAUUCUGCAGCUCAUGGCAGAAAGCUGGAUGAAUUAUGUGUCCACACUGAUGGUGAACAGUGGAAAUUUUAAGUCCAAAACACAGGCAUGGACAUGUAUAGCUCAGCAAAUAAAGCAGUGGGAGUACAGAGGACCUCAGAAUAAUGAGAUGACAGAAAAUGUUCUGAAAAUAAAGAACUUCUUAGAAAUUAUGCACAGAGUUGGAGAAAGUGAGGAAGAAGAGCAGGACAAGGGGAUAGCGGAGAAAGAAAUAGUAACAAUUGGUGUGUAUGAUAAUAUGACAGUAAAAUUUGAAGUUUGGAGGAGAGCUCUGGAUCUGGUGUUUUUAAUUCUUCAGACAGACACUGAAAUCGUCACGGGAAUAAAUAACAGAGACGGACAAUUCAGAGAUUUUGUCAUUCUGUAGUGUCCUUUCUUCUUUUAAACUUUUUUACAUCUCACUUUGCUUAAUUAACAGCACCAAUCCUGUCAGAUAAAGACAUCACCAGUGGCUUUUCACAUCAGACGGUCCACUUCACUCAUCUGCUGUGUUUCAGUUCAUGGCUGUUGAUUUUGCUGCUUCUCAUUUUGUUCCAAAGUCAAUGUGUUUCUUCUAUCAGGCAGAUUUUAGCUCGCUGUACUCUGCAACUGUUAAGAUUUUCUGCAGCUAAUUUAUAUGGAACAUUUGUAUGGCAAUAUACAAUACCUGUAUGGCACUGCUAUUUGUGGAGCACAUUUUUUGUUGUAAGACAUUUCUUUAAAUUGAUUUAUUUCAAUAAAUGUCCUUAUUAUAUAAUAAUGCCAUUACCAUAUACCAUUAAAGCAUGGAAAAGCUAUCCAUUACACAACUUUAACUAUUAUCACACGUCACAAGAUGGUACUAAAAAAAAAAAAAAAACACCAACACCAUAGAACCGUAACACAAAUCACCUCAUGUAAGUGACCCUAUUUGUUCACUGGCUGAUUACAAGCU